UCUCAAAGUCACCCUGCUACCUGCUGCAAGUGCAACCUCAACUGAUCAUCAAGAUGGCUUCAUGUCUUCAUUUCAUUGUGGUCCUCUGUUUGACCAGUGGACUGUGGAGUGGAGCAAAUGCACAGAAAGAAGAAAAGCCGUGCCAUGUCCCAUGUAAGACCUGCCCUUCUGGAUGGACUCCGUUUGAAGAUCACUGUUACAUGUACAAGCAUGCUGCUAAGACCUGGGCUGAUGCAGAGGGUGUGUGGAUGUGGAGUGAUGGUAGCAAGUUUGACUUCAAGGGAUGGCCCGUUGGCGAGCCCAACAACUCUGGAAAGGGAGAACAUUGCAUGCAAUUGCAUUUGAAAGAAAAAGAUUUUCCCAACGACACAAAGUGCACUCAGGAGAUGCCUUUUGUUUGUCGCAUGCGCCUGUGAUGAUCCACGUCAGGUG